GCCACGGGAAAAGGGUGUAACCCAAAAAGUCUGGGAUUUCCUCACAGACUUUUUCUACAUUUACAUAAAAUUCGCGUUAUACGCUGUAGCUAUAUAUAUCCUGUUUUACUACUAUGAUUACUAUUUUGGAUGAUUUUUAGUGAGCAGAGGAUGUGAAGUGCUAGUGCUAGUGAAGUGAUAAACGGAAUAUUGACUUUUUCACGUUGGAGAGGACUAUUGGUUAAGCUGGCACCAUGAAGCGAUCUCGGCACAGAUGGCUGGGAUGUAGCAUAUUUUGUGUUACAAUGGCCGUGCUAUCCCUGGAGAUCCCCAGCACGUCGGCGGCGAGGGCCACCUCCCUCAUCUUCGCCAAGACCUCCACAACCACAGCAGCACCCGAGGACCCGAGCGUGCCGGAAGAUGAACAGUUAGAAACAACAGCGGAAGGAGGACAGACCAACACCACCAGAAAACUCACGGGGAUCCCCCAAAUUGACUACAUCUACGACCCCAACCUUCCCCGAGAGCUGAAUGGCUUCAAUCUCUCAAACUACCCCUUCUAUGAGACCGUGCCACCACCAGAGAUGAUAGACUUCAAAUGUGACGGGUUGCAUGAUGGGUUCUACGCGUCAGUCCCUCAUAGGUGUCAAGUAUACCACCACUGCCUGUUCGGCACGCGUUACGACUUCCUCUGCGCGAAUUAUACAGCAUUCGACCAGAAAACUUUCAUCUGCCACUUCGCCUCCGAAGUGGACUGUAAAAACUCGCCAAACUAUUUCAACAGGAACGAAGCUCUGUACAAAGCCGCAUCAACGACCACCAUCCCUCCCCCCACCACGUCGACCACCACUACUACCACCCCCCGCCCGCACCCGCGACCCCGCCGGCCUCAUAGAUAUGACUACUAUGAUGAUGAUUACUAUUAUCCCGCGAGGGAUGAUUACGACUAUGAAGAAAGGGGUGGCAGGAGACCCAGACCCAGACCUCGACCCCAAGGCAGGCAGGGAGGCAGAAAACGUAGGCCAGUCGAUGAUUACGAGGAUGACAGAUACGAACGUCGUCCGCGUCCAAGAGACGAGCAACCUGAUGACGACUACGAUGACAGAAGACCCUACGACAGGCCCAAUAGGCCAGCCAAGAGACCUUACAGCGACAGGCGACCGUAUGAAGACGAAGAAGGUAGGCCUGGCUAUAGAGCUGGAACCAGAAGACCUAGACCUAGAGACGAAGAAGAAGAGAGAUACAGAGAAGAUGACAGACCAAGGCAUCAAGAUAAACCAAAUGAAAAGCGACCUCGUGAUGAUAUGAGAAACCGUGAUGAUCCUGAGCGAGAUGAUAUUAGAAAUGAAAGAACUAAAGAUGAAAAACCUAGGGAAGGAUUCAGGCCCCGGGAUGAAGGGAAACCACGUGAAGAAAUAAGGCCUAGAGAUGAAAUUAGGCCCAGAGAGGAAAUGAAGCCUCGAGAUGAGAUUCGGCCACGCGAUGAGAUAAGACCUAGAGAUGAAAAAAGACCACGCGAUGAAGUAAGAUCGCGAGAUGAAGUAAGAUCGCGAGAUGAAAUAAAACCAAGAGAUGAAGGUAGGCAUAGAGAUGAAGUUAAGCCCAAAGAUGAAGGAAAAACUCGUGAUGAAAUAAGGCCGCGCGAUGAACGAAGACCAUCAAGAGAUGAAGGCAAAUCUUCAAGACCUUAUUCUAAUGAAGGACGAAGGUAUAGAGGAGAGAGGGAGAAAGGCAGAGAUGAAAGGCCUUACAGUAAACCAGAACCAAGACCAGAGAGAAAUUAUGAUGAUGAGAGAGUUCGUGAAGAAAGAAGACAGCCACCAACCGCUCCUGAAGGUCAAGCGUUAGUGAAACCUAAUGGCCAUGGUAUAUUUAGUCAACCAAGAAUGCCGCCAAAGAUCAAACGGCCGGUUCCAGCCACCGAAAAAGAUAAAUACGGAUAUGUCCCCAUAACGACCACAAAAGCGCCGUUAAGAGCUGACGAUGAUGAAUAUUAUGAUGAUUACGAAGAAGAAGAUACCAGGAGACCAUCGUCAUCUGGAAAGAACAGUCAAAUUCAACAAAGGCCAAAACCUGAAUCUGUAGAAAAGGAAAAAUUUAAGCCUUCAAGGCCACAUUAUUCUAGUCCAGCGCCUAAAAUUAAGAAAAAUAAAAGGCCAAUCGAUUACGAAGAUGAUGAAUAUUAUUAUGAGCCACCUGUGAAAUCACAGAAAUACACUUAUAAUCAAAGGAACAAAGAAACUCCUAAACUUAAAGUGACUGAUGAGUAUUACGACGAUUACGAAGAUAGGCGAGAUAUGGAUAGAGAUCACGUAAAAACAAAAGACGAAGAUAUUACUAGUAGAAUCAAAGAUCUGAAACCUAAUGUAAAAGUACUAAAGCGUCCUUUUUUACCGUCUAGGGGUGGAAGUCCCUACUUGCCUAGGGGCUUGCAACCAGUUGCUGGUAAAGACUUAACUGCGCCCCCGAACACCACCCCUAAACCCACCACCACUACUACUAGCACCACUACUACCACUACUACUACCACUACCACCCCUAAACCUACUACUACCACUACUACUACGACUAGACCCACUACCACGACAACUACAACUACUACUACAAGGCCCACCACAACCACAACAGAGGAACCAACAACCACAAUUACAACAGGAAAACCAACUACAACCGAACUGACAAAAGACGAUUACGAAGACGAUGUCGAAGAGUACUAUGAUGAAGAAGAUAUAGAUUACGACAAAAAAGAAACCACAACAGAAGAACUAACGACGCACCAACCAUCAACAACUCGCAAACCAAAAACAACACACAAACCAAUAACAACACAGAGACCAACGACAACAGCCGCCGCUGAACUGACAACAAAAGACCAAGCCAAAAACUUAGCCGAAAAAGUAUUAAGGAUAUACAACGAUCAAUACCAUGCAAUCAAAGAAAAAUUGGAAACUACUUUGUCACCUGGAGAUUAUUUAAAGCCUUAUUUAGCGGCUGAGCAAGCGGCAGCGGAGGAAGAAAGAAGACAAGAAGAAGCAGAUGAUUACAAUUACAGACCGACACAAGCACCAUUUAAACCAUCCCCUCAAUUACCAGUAGUUAAUCCAGAAAUUUCAAAGCCCUACACGGCGACUGGCAAACCUUUAAGAAUACCAGAGAACAUAUCUAUAAAACAGAAUCUAGCUGAUUCUAUCGAAAAUGAUUAUGAUGUGACACUUAACGAGGCUAUAGCGCCUGCCCUUCCAAAUUUAAAUGUUAGAAAUAACAUCCCAAGUGGAUUCAUAGUUCCAGGAGAUAGGGACUACACUUAUUCAAGAUUUAGGAGCAAUUUCCAGCAAGAACCACAAUUUGCGGCUUCAGAAUUAAACAGCUAUCAGAUUCGGAAGAGGCCGCAGAUUUCAGGGGUUAGUAUAAGAACUCCGACAUCAUAUUUUCUACAACCACAGAGAUACCAAGAUGGUAUACAAAGGCCACAACGGCAUCUAGUUUAUGACCCAAGACCUCAAAGCCAUCCAGGCGUUUACCAGGCGCCGCAGUUUAAACUAUUUUGAGGCAGUUGCCAAUCCCAAUGGCAAAAAGUGUAAUUCAUGUAGUUGAAUGAUGGAUAAUUUUUUUGUGUUUAUAUUUCGUUGUCCAGGGACAAUAGGGGUGCAAGAAGAAAUAUAUCACGUUCUACUAUUAUGCUCAUUAUAGAAAUAGCUUGAAACUACCACAAAGAUGCAUGUUUGGUAAAUUUUAAUACCAUCAAAUUAAGGUUUUAAGAGUUGUCCAGGGAAACGUAACCAUGGCAAAGUGGGACACAACAAAGUUGAUUCAUCCCAUGCCAUGUUGUGGAUUAAAUUGGAACAUUCAAAUUGUGAUGGGUAACCUUUGAAAGAUUUAACAAAAAAACCUGUGGUUUGUACCAUUUUUUCGCAAAAAUCGUUUAAUACACGCUGCAGGUUUUCGUUUUUGGUCCUUUAGUCAUUUCUAGUUUAUUUAACAUCACUGCCAAGUUUUAUGUCAUUUUUAUUUUAAACUAAUAAGUUCAACUUGAAUUAUUUUUAGCAAUUGAUCUGAAACGGAUACUUAAACAAAAAAUAUUCAUGAAAAUUAAGUUUUUAGUUCUUAAAUAUUUCUUUUUGUAUUUGCCGAUAUUUUGAGUAGGAUAAUUUACCUCUUCAAACUAAAUAUAGAAAUGUACGGUCAAUGAAAUGUUGGCGCAUCUCAAUGUCGACAAAUAUAGUGCAAUAAUAUUAGUAUACGUACAAUACGUACAUAGUUGAAGAUAAGUUAUCGACGCCUCUUUAUCAAUAUGGUCAAAACUAUUCUAGGCCCAAUAGAUUAGGGCCCGUCUGAACUAAGUCUGCAUGAUCUUCAUAAGCGAAAGAAUGUGGGAAUCUGGGAAUGCCACCGUAAAUGACAAAUAUCAAAAUAUGAAAUUCAUAGCGGCGCUGCAACACUUUGUCGCUGCCAAAACGGUACAAACGUAGCUUAGACAGAUUUUACUCAUCUUAGCGCACCAGCUGAAAAGAAGAAUAGCGCUUUUUGUAAAUGAGUAUAUUUUCAACACACUUGCUCAAAACGACGUUUUUAUUCCACCGAUUUUUGGCUCAUAAUCCUAGAUAUGUACAUACUUACACGCGUGCUUUUUCAGUAUAUUAUAACACUCGUGUUUUUUCAUUAUAUUAUCCGACUGAGUUAAGAAGGUAACUGUUUGCUAAUAAUAUGCAUGGAAACGGAGCCUUCUUUAAUUGGUCGGACUGGCCGGCCCGCCCGCACCCGGGGCGAAGGGCGGCCGGCAGUAUGACAGGUUUUAGACUUUUACUAACUGUAUUAACAAUUAAAAUUUGAUUAAUAUGAACGUUUCUUUUUUUGUGUGCAAGUGUGUUGAAAAACGUCGUAUGAAACGCGUGUGCAUUGGUCAUUACACACAUCGGAUUUCUUAUUGCGCGCUCGCUUACAGCUCGCGCGCACAAUAUGGCCUCGUAUGUAAUGACCAACUUAGCACACUAGUAUCACAAUGUACUACACAUACAACAACCGUGUAUACAACCGUUAAAGAUAGUGUCAACCCUAAAUUAUGAUUUUAGAGAUAGACCAUAUAUUUUUGAGGAUUAGCUAUAAAUAUGUGUGGCCUAAUAAAAUUAUGUAUAUUUUGAGGUGCUGAGAUAUAAGAAGUCAAUGAUAAAAGGUCAGAAAAAAGGCACAGUUCCCUACUGCUAAGAUUUUGAAAUAAAAAAUAAAAAAACAUUAGUGUGUUUAAUUUUUUUUAUAUCAGGUCUCAUUUGAAGAAAAUGUGAUAAGUUCUUUUAUGUGAAAAUGAACAAUUUAAAAUAAAAAAUAGAAAAAUUAUAUAAUUUAAUAGCAGUAGGCACUGUAUAUAAUUUUGUAGUUCACUAAUUUAAGUAUUAACAAUACUCUUUAGUUACCCUAUCGUAAGGCAGAAAAAUAUAUUUUUCAAGGGUUACCGGUAGAAUGUGCUGAAUGUUUUGUAAAUCAUAUAAAUAUUGAACAAC